AGCCUCCAGAUAUUUCCACCGUUCAUUGGUUCUGGUGUGCAGAAAAGUUUACUACGGUGCCGGCAGCUGGCGAAACAUCCAUCGAACGUCCUGUUCUUCGUAAGUAGUAUUGCUAACAACCACCAACCCCUCGCUAGGCAACAUAAAUAACCAGCAGCUAUCCCUGUCGUCCCCACUCUUGUGAUCUUGUCGUCAAGUUCACCGAGUGGCUGAGGACUGAGGAGUGAGGAAUACAUCUCUCAUCCUGUUGCUCGAGCUCGUGGUGCACAGGCUCAUGGCGGCCGCUAUCGGCACAAGGGUUGCUGUUGUCACCGGCGGGAACAAAGGUAUCGGGCUGGAGGUGUGCAGGCAGCUGGCCAGCAAUGGCAUCACCGUCGUCUUGACAGCCAGGGACGAGAAGAGGGGCGCAGCCGCCGUAGAGGAGCUCAAAGACGCGGGGCUCUCCGAUGUCAUUUUCCAUCAGCUGGAGGUCACCGAUGCUCAGAGCAUCGCUAGAUUGGCCGGUUUCUUGAAGGCGCGUUUUGGAAAGCUAGACAUCCUGGUAAACAAUGCCGCUAUCGGUGGGGUUGAGACACUUCCCAUCGAAAAUCCUGCUGAGGUUUUACAAUACAUACAUGCUCCUCCGAUAUGUAUUGUCAGAUUUUCAGCUCGUAGGCCACAAUGUGAAUUGAUGUUGGUGCGUGUGGAACAGAUCAAGGGCCUGGAUGCGUUUCAGAUGAUGCAAUGGAUGGGGAAACAAUGCCGGCCGACAAGCGACGCUGCUAAGGCAGGCAUUCAGACAAACUACUACGGGGUGAAGAACGUGACCGAAGCGCUGCUGCCGCUGCUGCAAGCCUCCUCCGACGGAAGGGUCGUCAACGUCUCCUCCGACUUCGGCCUGCUAAGUCAUAUCAGGAACGAGGAGGUGAAGCAGGAGCUGGACGACAUCGAGAACCUGACGGAGGAGAGGCUGGACGAGCUGCUGAGCGCGUUCCUCCGGGACUUCGAGGCCGGCGCGCUGGACGCCCGCGGGUGGCCGACGGAGUUCUCGGCGUACAAGGUGGCCAAGGUGGCCCUGAACUCGUACUCGAGGGUGCUGGCGAGGAGGCACCCGGAGCUGCGCAUCAACUGCGCGCAUCCCGGGUACGUGAAGACCGACAUGACCAGGCAGACUGGCCUGCUGACGCCCGCGGAGGGCGCGGCCAACAUCGUGAAGGUGGCGCUGCUUCCGGAAGGUGGCCAGACCGGCGCUUUCUUCGCGUUAGGCCAGGAGGCGCCGUUCGUGUGACAGUGCGCCAUGUCCCCCUAGACUAGGGCACGGCCGGUCCAGCGCUACUGCGCCACCGCCGUGCUAGUGCUAGUAUCUACCUGCGCAGUCGCUGGUUUGAGACGGCGAAUAAAGAAUUGUUGCAGCUUCGGUAAUAAAAUUGCCCAGAUGUCGGAUACCUUGUUUAGUUCGCCCAAAAAAAGAAACAAAAACUUUUCGAGAUUUCGUAUGA